AGAUAUUGUCAGGGUUCAUCUAGUCAAAUGUAACUUAACUUAACCUAGCUUUUAUAAAAGUAAAUAAAAACGUGAGUCAAAUUAACGAGUUUCUUCAUGACUAUUUUAAUUUAAAAGAGAAACAAAGAAAGACUUUUAUUAUUUAAUUAUGGAUGAAUUAGUUGUGGGAACCUACGAGGGGUUCUUACUGGGAUAUUCAAUAUUUCCUGAACAAACAGGUUCUAAACUAAAACAGACCUUUGCAACACAAUCACAUACAGCUGCAGUGCGGUGUCUCUCUUUAUCUGGAAAAUAUUUGGCAUCUGGAGGCACUGAUGAUAAAGUAGUUGUAAUAGACUUGAAAACACGUAAAGAACAUACAGUCCUUAUGAACCAUGAUGGUACAAUCAAUACUGCAGCCUUUACGAGUAGUGGUACCCACCUCUUGACUGGCAGUGAUGAUGGCAACAUUAUUGUAACUAGAACAGGGAAUUGGCAAAUUGAAAAGAUAUGGAAAAAAGCUCAUGGAGGUCAACCAGUUACUGCAAUUGCAGUUCACCCAUCAGACAAGUUAGCACUUAGUAUUGGAGGAGAUAAAACCCUAAGAACUUGGAAUUUAGUUAAAGGCCGUCCUGCAUUUACAAUUAAUUUGUCCAGUAAAGGAAUAUCUAUGCCAACAGAAAUCAAGUUCUCGCCAGGUGGCGAUAGAUUUUCAUUAAUUUAUCAGCAAUGUGUUGAUGUGUGGACUAUUAGUAAGGCAGGUGUUGAAAAACACAUUACAUGUAAUUCAAAACCAACUUCAGUUCAAUGGGUGACAGAUGAUAAGUUCUAUGUAGGUUUGGAAAAUGGUAAUGUCAUUGUAUUAAAUGUCUCAGAUUCACAAGCUCUUACAUACCAAGCUCACAAACAACGAGUUAAAUGUUUAUAUUAUGAAAAUGAAAUGUUGUAUUCAGUAUCAAGUGCUGGAGAGCUUAAAGUUUGGUCAGAAAUUGAUUCUAAGUUAUCUGAAAUAUGUUCUGCUAAUGCUGGCUGUAGACUCACUUGUAUAACAUUGAAUAAACAAAAUCACUUAAUUAAAAAAGAAGAUAAAUCUGAUAAUGAAGAGGAAAAUGAAGAAAAGGUUGAAGAUCUGAGUAACAGUGAAGAAUCAGAUGAUGAACCAGCUGAGAAGGUAUCUAUACCUGCUAAAAGACAACCCGGAGCAUUUGUGAGAAUCAGUUAUGGUAGUGAUAAUGAAGAAAAUAAUGAGGCACCACCUAAGAAGAAAAUAAAGAAAAGGAAACGAAAUAAGAAACCAAAAAAUAAAGUAAAUGAGUGAUAUCAUUACAAUUAAAAUUUAUUUUACA